AUGGCUGCGGACGAAGAGCCUCGCCCAACGCUGAAGAAAAAGGAAAAGCAGGCUUUGAAACACCAGCUCUUCAUCGAACGAUUGGAACAGUCUCGGUCACCGUACUCAAAGUCGCAUGAACGCCGAUUGAAGCGCAAGGCGCGUGAGCAGGUCGCAGGCGGCAUGAGCGAGAUCAAGGCCGCAAUCUCCGCCGUGGAAGACGAUAUCCCUGAAGCGGUACAGAAUGCCAGUACUAUCGGCGACGCCACUGAGGCGUCCGAAGGACAAUCCAAGCCGAGGAAGGUCAGACCCAAGCCUGGCCAAAUAGGUGAGGGGAAGGGCACCCCCUUGACCAAGAGUCAACGAAAACGCGCCCUGUACGUCGAACGGAUGCGCAUUCCCAUGAUUCUGGCAACGCCUGAAUUCGCAGCAAAUCCGUUCCAGACCAUCCGCACACAUGCACAGAACACGCUUCUCAAACACGAGCCCCCAGCAGCGUCUCCAGCUUGA